UCAGUCUUGGCGCUUAAUUGUGUGUGAUCUCAAGCAAAUUUGGCUGAUUCUUGAGGAUGGCUUUGUGGGAUCGGGUGUUGUCAGGUUUCGACCUCGACGAUGAGACUGUCAAUUUCGGUACGCGAAUAAUCGCAGAAAAUAAUGGUCUGUUGUACGAAGCAUGCACCGUAGCGACGAUUCAAUCUCAUGAUCAGGUGGACCAAAAACCAAAUGUUUUAGCAUCUAUUCAACAUUCCAAACUCAUCGUUGCAAUUGAUAAAUCCAUUACAAUUUUUCAAGAUGAAACAUGUGAUAAAGUAUUUCUUAACGCUAGCUUUCCUUGCCUGAUAUCUUGUUACUGCAUUUCCAAAGAUGGUUUCUUUUUAUUUGUGGUGCUUACAAGCAGGACUUUGUACUGCUUUCAUAUAUUUGAGGGAAAAUUGCUGUCUACGAUAUCUAUACCUGAUAAUGAGGCUAAUAUUUCUGACAAUAUAAUAGAUAUAUCUUUUAAGGAACAAGGAGAAAAGGCAUUUGUAAUUCUUGUCUCAAACACUGGAGCUAUUUACAGAUUCUAUUUCAAGUAUAACUCUGAAAAUGCAGAGGUUGCAUCUUCCAAUAAUGAUAAAAUUACAAAAGAUACAAUAGAUAUGCAGUGCUCUCAGCUGUUUAAAGGAUUUACUUAUAUGGAGUUCUUCAAUACUAUAGUAGAUAUAUCAUCGGAAGAAUUAUCCAUAACCAUGGUUGGAACAAAUUCGAUAUUUACUUGGCCUAAUGAGCAAUGCAAUAAUUUCAGAAAUAUAUUUUCCUUUGGAUAUAAAAAGAUAAAACAACUAAAAGGUAGCAGUAAAAUGCUUUGUCUGCGUACAGACCAUGUAUUGAGUAUUAUAUGUCCAGAUACGUUAUUUGGGUUAAAAAUAUAUGAUGGCCCUGUGUUUGAUUUUACAAUUGUGCAUCAUGAUAAUGUUAAUCAUUGUGAAAUUUUAUUUCUGACACAAUCAGGAGACAAUACCGAUAUGUAUAAAUUAUAUCUUGUUUCUUAUCCAGACUUCGAGCAAAAAUUUGAAAUCAACGUUUCCACUACUGUUUGUUUAUUUGAAAAUUUACAUAAUUCCAAUAAUGUAUCUUAUAUAGAAGGUGUUGCAAAUGAAAGUAGAAUCAUUGAUACAUUCAGAAUAAAAACGAUGUCGGAAACUAUUCCCGAGAUGCGUUUAGCAAGAUUGUUAAGAAGAAGACAAUUUGAUGCAGCUGAGACUUUCGCGGAAAAAUUUUCUCUUCCCAUGGAACCUAUUUACUGUUCCAAAGCGGCAUUAUUCAUGGAACAGCUUGCCCCUUGGGUGAAAUCUACUCCUGAUUCAGUUAGCACGGACGCGCUGAUAAAUAUUCUCGAUAAAAUACAAAAUGUACAAUAUGUAACUGAAUGUUGCAGCAAAGCUCUCAUUUCCGAUUAUGUGCAAUUGAGACAAUUAUAUUUGUAUGCUCGUCAAAGAAUAGUACAAGAUAUGAAGACAGAAAAUGUAGAUGAUCAGCUGAAUUUAAAUUUGUCUUUGAUAAACGAUACGUUACACAGACUUGAGACUUUUCGAAUGAUUCAAGAUAUCGAGGUGGACGAUACAUUGUUGAAUGUUGAGACAAUUAUGAAUAAAUGGAUUAAAUUCUCUCAAGCGAAUUUAUUAAACGAAUUUAAUAUCCAUUUACGCAUGGGUCAACUAAAAUCUGCCGUUUUAAUUUGGACGAGACAUCUUCCUGACAUUAUGAAGUAUGCAUCUGUGGAGACUGUGCGAAACAUUUUUACAGUUUUACCUGAAGACGCGGACCCGACAUGUUUAUGGCCAUGGCUCACGCAUUUUAUACCUACUGUAUUAUCUUUGUUACCUGACGCAAUGGACGAGAUCGUAUCUUGGGGUUUAAAGAAACUGAAGUAUCUUGAGAUAUCCCAUUGUAAAGUAUGGCCGGAAAUUGGCACAGAUUUCGCCAAAAAAUUUAUAGAGUUGCUUAAAUUUAAAGACAAUCAACAGUCGGUUUACUUCCACCAAGAGUACAAAUAUCAAAACUCUUUACUGAAGCAGCUUAUGCUUUUGCUUCAAGCUCUAUCUGAUAUUCAUCAAUUGAAGAUCACCUACAGGUUGAGAGUGUCUUUUAACAUAUAUGUUGACUCGCCUGUAGAAGCGAUUUAUAUGUUGCUGGAUAAAGUUCAUCUGGACGAAAUCUCCGAUUUUGUAAAUAUGUUUUUGAAACAAUAUAUACUCAAUAAUAAUUUACAAAAUGACUCCAUCCUUUGUACAUAUAUACAGAAAACAAUAAAAAACUCUAGCAGCUGGUGGUUUGGUGAAGAAGCUGCAUGGGAAAAAAGAGUUGCUAUUAUAAUAGGCUUUAUAUAUAAUUUAGAGAAUAGAUUGGAGCAAACUUUGGAGGUUUUGAGAAGGGCACCAGUACCAUGGACCUCGACUAUAAGUACGUUGGCAGAAACCAGCAGCAACUUUGACCACAGUUUAUCCUCCAAAAUAAAGAUUGAAUGUGACUAUGUUCCAAUAAAACUUGUUUUAAAAAAAUACGGAUAUGCAACAAUUGGUAUAAAUAAUAGAUUGAUAUCACGUAUCAUAAAAGAAAAUCGUGAUUCUAUGAUCAGUGAUAUAGAUGUGCUAGCUAAAAACGAUCAGCAAUUGAGGCAAGAUAUAUUUUGUCGGUGUAUAAGCGCCCGAUUGAACGAUGGAAACUUGCAGAAAGCAAUGAAUAUAAUACAUUAUUUGGAAGAUAAUAUUGCUGAUAUUUUAUAUUGUUAUGAAGGAAUUGUUAAUUAUAUUAUCACAGCCUUCUCUUUUCAGGAUACAUCAUUGAAAUCCUUGGAGUACCAUAUAGAAAUACUGGGUUGCUUAGAAUUCAAAAUACAUAAUUUAUUGGCACAAUCGAAAAUUGACUAUUUCUUUAGCAAUGAUAUAAUUAAUACGAUAAAAGACUUAAAAUCGUUAUAUCUACUAAAAAAGAAUUUUAAGAUUGAUGUCUCAUGGAAAAGUUAUCGUACGCAAAAAUCACUUGUGUUGCAGAAGUGUAUCACAAAAUUGCUAUCGAGUGCCGAGAAGAACGAUUCAUCGGUGAUAUACAAGACUGUCGUUAAAAUUGCCGUACUGUUAGGAUUAGAAAAAUCACACGCGACUUUAGCCUUAUUGAAGCAGACGAAAGAUACGGAUGUAUUGCAGCAGCUUAUUGAUGGCGAUGAUAAAAAUCCAAAUGUGAUGCCGGAUGAAUUUGAAAAUAUGAAUGAGAUAUGUUUGUGUGCAUUACAACAUGCUGUUGAUAUAGACACUGUAGAAAUAGUCAAGAACUUGAGCGCCUCGAUGUUGAACACUUGUCGAAAUAGCGAUUUGUCAGCUAUAUUGUCACUUCACACUUGUGUCAGCGUAUAUCCGAACCUUUCUGUCCAGCGUUAUUCCAGCGAAAGAGAAAGGACCGCACCUAGUUGGAAAUUAUAUACAAUAUAUGAAGAUCAGGCAAUAUCUUUGGAUAAAAGGUUGUUGUCUUUGUUUAAAGAUGCGAUGUCUCUUCAGUUAUGUUAUCGGGUCGAUGAUAACGAAAGUUCAGAUUACAAUGAACAAAUAAUUAAAUUGCUGAGCAAUUUCCUGAUAAAUACAAGAGAGAUGCAACACCAACACAACGAUUAUUCUGUAUUGCAAAUUUUCAAAACAUUCUACUUCGCGUACUGUAGUAUUUCUGUGAAGAAUGAAAACGCAUUGGUGGAAAUGAAAUCUACACUGUCGCAACUUUUAUUGAACUUGUUGAAGAAGUUAUGCACAGGACGAUCUUUUGACUUACACUUGGGACUAGCUUGUCUUUUUAUGCUUCCUGACCAAGAAGCAUGCAAUUGGAUUUCCACAACUUGCGCAUUAUUUGAAGCUGAUCACAUCCGACACUCCAAAAUCUUGAUUCUGGGAUAUGAAUAUUCUUGCAUGGCAAGAAAUCAUUCGUUAAUGCAGAAAUUCGAUAAUUACAAACUGCUGAAUAUCUGGGCACAACAGCUAUCACAUUAUUCAAUAACUUAUAGAGAAGUUCUCACAAGUGAUACUUCGGAUAAAAGAGAAAUCUUACAGCAGAUUAUAAGCAAUAGUAAGAAGAACACAAUCCCCAUAUUGAAAGAAUAUUGCUGCAGUUUUGGCUUUAAUUUCAACGAUUGUUUGUUACUUUAUUUGCAAAAGUUACUGAAAACAUGGAAUCCAACGAUAAUCACGUCGAGUAUAAAUAAAGAAUUACUCAUCUGUAAGGAAGAAGUGAAUGCACUAAGACGAGAAUGCGAGGCGCUUGUUGCGGAAAUGGAAGAUAAGUCUAUGUUAAAACAAUGGAUUUCUACGUCAUGGGAACGUAUCAAUUUUUAUCACUACGAAGUGUUCAUCAUACUGAUGGAUCUCAUAGGAGACAAGGACAUGAAGAAGAGGAACUAUCUCUGUUUCCUGCAGAAUUAUACACGUAGCGGGUCCCCUACACCAACGGAAUACAACGAAUGGAUACAAUUUAACCCGGAACACAGCACAUUACCGCCCAUCGCUCAGUGGAGGCUACCAUUUCUGUUGAAGGUCGACUUUUGGAAACUUAUCACGCCUGAAUUAAAUUUACGUACGUUCGAGAAGUGGCUCGACAUCGCACCGGUCCUCAAUCUCGAGAUGCAUCUUAUCUGCACGUUGGCCAUCAAGGGCGAGGUGACACACGUUUGGGGAAAUAAUUUGACCAAGUCGAAGGAUGUCGAGUGGUCGCUUAAUCCGAAGAACAUCACGUUGCUAAAGGAUAUCAAGAGAUGCAUACAACGUAUCACAGAUUCGGAUGGAUUCUACUAUGGCACUGCGGCGUUAUAUUAUGUUGUCAAUCACACGCCCCCGGGCGCGGAUCGCGUCGCCGCCGCGAAGGAGUGUUACGAAUACGCUCAGUUAGCGGCGCAAAAUUCUACGAAAUUCGAAGAGGGAAUGUUGGAAAAAAUCGAAUCAAAGUAUUUGAGAUUCUCGUCUGAACAUAUUUUGCGUACGCACGGCCUAGGGAAAGACAAGUAUUUCGCGUUGAUCGAGAGUCCGAACAAGCUGGUGCACGAAUUAUACAAGGACGAAAGUAUACCGUUACGAUAUCGUAGCGCGACCAACCACAGGCCCGAUGUCAACGCUGCCGUCAACGAACUCUGUGAGCUCUUCUCGUUAAACACGAUAAAGUUGCGCUUGGAGUUGCUGCAAGAAUGGUUGCGAUCGAACCCUCGAUACAGUGCGCUCGAAUUGUCGCAGAGUUUCACGGAGACAUUACCGACACUGAGAUCUGACCAGAGUAUGGAUUGCGAGGACAAUUUGCUCAGGGCAUCCUACAUGCUGGAGUAUGAAGACACACUAUUCGCACAGUUUCUCAUAAAUAUAGGCUUCGAUGGUUAUCAUGGCGAGGUUGAGUACGAUUGCGACAUGCGGUACCGAGCGCUUCGAGUAUUACAAACCAUCGUCGAUACCGCUACUCUAGAGAAGCUGACCGAACGAGAUCUGGGCACCUUCAGAAAAUAUAUAAAAUCGGUGUGCUACAUCAGCAAAUUGGAAUCAUUGGGAUUACGCUAUAGUGUCGAUACUUUCGAGGCGUGCUCGAAACGAGAACUAGUUCUGAUCCUUUGGAAAAAUCAACGCCGCUUGCCGUACGCUCUUUCCGUUAUAGCGCAGAUUUGUAUUGAGUUUGAAAUAUACGACAUUCGGCUUUGGGAUGACGUUCUGAGUCAGAUGACGAAAUUAAGAAUGACGAGCGAACUGAAGCGAAUCCUAUUGCAAGGACGAAGUCAGAGCGUCAUCGUGAAUUGCAACGGCUACAGAAUGGGAUGGCAAUUGAUUAUUUCCGAACCGUUCAGCGAAAUGGAAGUGACCCCGAGUACAGAACAAGUCAACAAUUGCGUGGAGGCGAUUCGUCUAUUGUAUUCGUGUCCCAUUGCGCACGAAUUAGUUUUUUCCGCUAUCGUGAGGAACUGUUUUCAAUGCAAACAGGCGAGCUUGGCCGCCGCGCUUCUGCCAUUCUUAAAUGAAUCUGAAAGAAAAUUUACGUUAGAGAUAAUUCACCAGAAAUGCCCAAUCAUAGAACUCACAGAAGAAUUGAACGAUUUAUCCUCUAAAGGAAUACUGACGACUGCACGUAGUCUCGCCAUUGUGCAAAAAUUUGUGCCAUAAAAAUCGAAGAUUUUUAACCAACAAUGGAAGACUGGAAAGCAUAUUUUUACGUCAAGAGAGCAUAUUCCGAAAAUAUAUUACUGUUUUUUAAAAUAAGUCAUAGUAUUAGCAAAUUUAUGAGAAUUUCUAACAAAUAAAAAGGUUAUAUCUCUUAAUAUUUC